AUGCUCAAGGAACUUUUAGAAGAAGUUGGUAACCAGAGCUACUCUAUUAUACUGGAUGAAUCCACUGACGUAACAACAGAAAAGUACAUGGCAUAUUGCAUCCGAUACUAUAAUUCAAAACUAGAAAAAAUAGUUGUUGAUUUUUUAGGCUUUCAGGAAGUAUUUGAAGCAACAGCUAGCGGCCUAUAUACAUCAUUUAAGAGUUUUAUGUCUAAAAUGGGUUUGAAUCUCCAAGAUCUAAUUGCAAUAGGAACUGAUGGAGCAAUAAGAGAAUUAGUUGACAGGUUACCGCUUAAUGUGUCGGUGGUGGAAAAAAUUGAACUUUUUGCACCAAACCGCGUAUGCCUCUCAACCGGCAAACAAAACAUUAAAGAUUUUCCCUGGCAGUUAGGUGAUCCCAAUAUUGACCGAGAAGCUGUUAUGAACCAAUGGCGCGUAUUAAGCACUAUGCGCAUUGAGGAGAUAAUCGGAACAGCUGCUUCUCCUAAUGACAUUGUAAAUUUUUGGAUACAAUUCCGGUGGAUCUUGCGCGAGUACUAG